AGCGCCGGGUGUCCACGGCCGAAAGGCGAAUCUCUCCGCUCUGUGCGAUAGCCACCAGGUCGAAACCUCCCACGUCACCGCCGAGCCGAGUUCAAAGGACACAAGCCCUGCCCUUGAGUGAGCCAGCGAGAGCCGAGCUGCUUUCUUUAUCAGGUGGGGGUUCUGCUGGGAGUCGGCCACUGCAGCCUCAGUCAGCCUGGGAAACACUUUCUUCUGCUGGAGCUCGUCCGCCAACCAGAGCCAAGAUGCCCAAGACGGUUAACGUUCGCGUCACCUCCAUGGACGCAGAGCUGGAGUUUUCCUUCCACCCCAACACCACAGGAAAGCAGCUCUUUGACCAGGUGGCCAGGACCAUCGGCCUGAGGGAGACCUGGUACUUCGGGCUGCAGUUUGUCGACAACAAAGGGUUCAUGACGUGGCUGAACUACGAAAAGAAGGUGAUGGCUCAGGAGGUGAAGAAGGAGACUCCCCUGCAGUUCAAGCUGAGGGUCAAGUUUUACCCGGAGGAAGUGGCCGAGGAGCUGAUCCAGGACGUCACCCGGAGGCUCUUCUUCCUGCAGGUGAAGGAGGACAUUCUGGCGGAGGACAUCUACUGUCCUCCGGAGACCGCCGUGCUGCUCGCCUCCUACUCCAUCCAGGCCAAGUUCGGAGAGUACAGCAAGUCGACGCAUCACCCGGGCUACCUGUCCUCCGAGCGCCUGCUGCCCCGGAGAGUGCUGGAGCAACACAAGCUGUCGAAGGAGCAGUGGGAGGACAGGAUCCAGAUCUGGCACCGGGAGCACAGAUCGAUGCAGAGGGAAGACGCCAUGAUCGAGUACCUGAAGAUCGCCCAGGACCUGGAGAUGUACGGCGUCAACUUCUUCGAGAUCAAGAACAAGAAGGGCACAGACCUGUGGCUCGGAAUCGACGCUCUGGGGCUCAACAUCUACGGGAAGGACGACAGGCUGACCCCGAAGAUUGGCUUCCCCUGGAGUGAAAUCAGGAACAUUUCUUUCAAUGAAAAGAAAUUCAUCAUCAAGCCCAUAGACAAGAAAUCCCCUGACUUCGUCUUCUACGCUCCACGCCUGCGGGUCAACAAGCGCAUCCUGCAGCUGUGCAUGGGCAACCACGAGCUGUACAUGCGCCGCCGCAAGCCCGACACCAUCGAGGUCCAGCAGAUGAGGGCUCAGGCCAAAGAGGAGAGGCUGCAGAAGAAGAUGGAGAGGGAUCAGCUGGAGAACGAGAAGAGGAAGAGGGAGGCCAUAGAAAAGGAGAAGGAGCAGAUAGAGAGAGAGAAGCAGGAGAUGAUGACGAAGCUCUACGAGUUUGAAGAGACGACCAAGAGAGCGGAGAGAGACCUUCGGGAGCAGCUGGAGCGGGCCAUCAGGCUGGAGGAGGAGAGGAGGAGAGUGGAGCAGGAGGCAGCCCGGCUGGAGGCUGAGAGGAUGGAGGCCAUAAUAGCCAAGGAGGAGCUGGCCAGGCAAGCUGAGGACCAGAUAAAGACCCAGGAGCAGCUGGCCGCAGAGCUGGCCGAGUACAGCGCCAAGAUCAGCGCGCUGGAGGAGGCCAAGAGAGCCAAGGAGGAAGAGGCUGAGUCAUGGCACAGCAAGGCCAUCGAAGUGGAGGAGAACCUGAUUAAGACGAAGGAGGAGCUGACCAUCGUGAUGACCUCCACCUCCACCUCCAUCACCACCUCCAACGUGGCUCCGGCCUCCUCCUCCUCCUCUUCCUCCUCGGACAGCGAGAGCGACCACGAGCAGAACGAGGAGAACGGCUCCUACAGCGCCGACCUGCAGUCGCAGGGCUUCAACGACCACCGCCGCGAGGAGGACCGGCUCACCGAGGCCAAGAAGAACCAGCGCCUGCAGAAACAGCUGAUGGCCCUGAGCUCAGACCUGGAACUGGCCCGGAACCAAAACAAGAAGAGCCAGUACGAUCUGCUCCACGCCGAGAACGUCCGAGUCGGCCGCGACAAGUACAAGACCCUCCGCCAGAUCCGCCAGGGCAACACCAAGCAGAGGAUCGACGAGUUUGAGGCCUUGUAGAAACUCCAGAGACCUGAAGAGCUCUAAUAAAUACCUCACCCAGGCCCUGUUCAGAGUAUGUUUAAUUGAAACGUGACAUAGCGACAAACCACGCGUUACCUUAAAGAUCCAACAAAGAUCCACGGAGCUGAUCAACACCAGCGCCUCCGUGAGUUUUAUUCAACUUACAGCCGUGUGGUUUUAACUUUUAUUUUAUUUUUAUUUUAUUUUAGUUAUUUUUUUGGGGAGGGGAAAGGGGGGCAGUGAAACAUUUCCAACGUGCUGCUGUUUAGUCUCAUUUAACGUCCUGCUGGAUGAUGGUGUGUACGUCACUCUGGAGAGCAGAUAUACUGGAGGGAAAUUAUAAACGAUCAAAUGUUAGCGCAAUCUGGCUUCGCAGUGUUGUUGUUGUUGUGGUGGUUUAAUUUAAAUUUAUUUAAUGAAUGCUCCGUGGGGCAAACAUCUACUGAUUCCUUUUGUGUAAUAGUCUUGUCUGUAAAAUAUCAGCAAACUGCAAACAGAAAAUGACAUUCUCUUAAAAGCCCACUGUCAUGUCUCCAUGUAUAGUGAAUGUGUAAAGAAUAAACCGUACAUCUGCUUUCUA